AUGGUAACAACGCUGGGUAGCUUAAAGAUGGCAGCCGAAGCAGGCGGCGGUUCGGGCGGGCGGCGCCCGAGUGGACCUCUGUGGACCUUGCUGCUCUUCCUGACGGGUCUUCGGCCGAGCAUCGCCGCCUCCUCUUCGGUUUCCCUGAGCGGCGGUUCCCACUGCCAGCACCGCGUCCCUUCCGCCGAUGAGGUCAUAUACAAGGUUCAUCUGAAAACAAAUCAUAUCCUGAAGAGAGAUGUUGAUCAGCAUUUAAGAAUUAAGAUUGUUAAUGAUAAAAGUAUUGAAGAGUUGCUUCCUGAGAAAAAGCACCUUAUAAAGAAUAAACUUUUCCCACAAGCUAUUUCAUAUUUGGAGAAGACAUUUCAAGUCCGUAGACGUUCUGGCCCCAUCUUACUUAGCAGACAAUGCUCAACAAACCAGUAUAUCAGAAAAAGAAAUGACCCUCACAGAUACUGUAAAGAUUCCUGUGCGGAGCAUACCAAAUGUGGCCCCAUCCGAGUGCCUGAGGAGCAUCUUCAGCCAUGUUGGGUUUGUCGUGAACCCAAAAGUAUGUGUGGAUCAUUGGGAUUGCCCGGCAGUGAUGGUAUUAAGGAUGCAGACUUUGUGCUGUAUGUCAGUGCUCUAACCACUGAAAGGUGCAGCCAAGAAAAUAUCAUUGCUUAUGCAGCCUAUUGCCAGCAAGAAGCAGAGAUGGACAGGCCCGUAGCAGGAUAUGCUAACCUGUGUCCAAAUAUGAUUUCCACUCAACCUCAAGAAUUUAUCGGAAUGUUGUCAACAGUGAAGCAUGAGAUUAUUCAUGCCUUGGGUUUCUCUGCUGGACUUUUUGCCUUCUACCAUGAUAAUGAUGGAAAACCUCUGACCUCAAGAUAUGCAAGUGGUUUGCCACCUUUUAAUAGCAGUCUUGGAUUAUAUCAAUGGAGUGAUAAGGUGGUUCGAAAAAUGGAGAGACUAUGGGAUGUUCAAGGUAGUAGGAUGAUUCCUCACAGUGUGUUUCUUCUCGUAACACCUCGUGUUGUUGAUGAAGCUCGGAAACAUUUUAAUUGUCCAAUUCUAGAAGGAAUGGAACUUGAAAAUCAAGGUGGCCUAGGCACUGAACUGAACCACUGGGAAAAACGGUUAUUAGAGAAUGAAGCAAUGACUGGCUCUCACACACAGAACCGAGUCCUCUCUCGAAUAACCUUAGCAUUAAUGGAGGAUACAGGCUGGUAUAAAGCUAAUUACAGCAUGGCAGAGACCUUAGACUGGGGCCGUGGUAAGGGCUGUGACUUCGUCAUGAAGAGUUGUAAAUUCUGGAUUGAUCAACAAAGACAAAAGAGACAGGUGCUAACCCCGUAUUGUGACACGCUAAGAAGUAACCCAUUGCAGCUAACCUGCAGGCAAGACCGGAGGGCAGUGGCCGUGUGUAACCUGCAGAAGUUCUCUAAGCCCUUGCCUCAGGAAUAUCAGUAUUUUGAUGACCUUCAUGGAAUACCUGUUGAAGAGUUGCCUUAUUAUGGUGGCUCCGUGGAAAUUGCUGACUACUGUCCUUUCAAUCAAGAAUUCAAUUGGCAUAUAAGUGGUGAAUUUCAACGCAGUUCAGAUUGUAGAAUAUUGGAAAAUCAACCAGAACCUUACAAAAACUUUGGUGCUGAAAAAUAUGGGCCUCAUUCAAUAUGCCUAAUCCAGAAAUCUGCAUUUGUCAUGGAAAAGUGUGAAAAGAAGCUCAGUUAUCCUGACUGGGGGAGUGGAUGUUAUCAGGUUUCCUGUUCUCCUCAAGGCUUGAAGGUUUGGGUCCAGAAUACCACAUAUUUGUGUAGCCGGGCAGGGCAGGUCCUCACUGUAAGCGCCCAGAUAAAUGGCUGGAUCCAUGAUGGGGACCUUCUCUGUCCAGCAUGUUGGGACUUCUGUGAACUCUGCCCUCCAGAAACAGAUCCUCCAAUUUCGAACUUCACGAGGGCUUUACCAUUAGAUCUCUGCUCCUGUUCCUCCAGCCUGGUUGUCACGCUCUGGCUGCUGCUGGCUAACCUGUUUCCUCUCCUGGCUGGAUUCCUCCUGUGUGCUUUGCAUUAG